AUGCAUUUUAAGGAGAUUUGUUUCCUUGUAACUUUAACCGUUAUGUUUAUACAUGACGUGAAAGCAUUACCAAGAGACAGUAGCGUGAUAAAAACAGAAUCUGUAUCUUCAAUUCAGGAUACGAGUUUGCCAAAAGUGAAAGAGCCAUCGAAGGAAAGUGCUAUGGUUAUACCAGGACAAGUCAUAUGCAAAAAUGAUAAGGAGUCCGAAGAACCAGCCGAAGAUGUUAUCUGCCAAGAACAUUGCCUGCCGAAGGGAUAUUCUUAUGGAAUCUGCGUUAGUGGAAAAUGUAGCUGCAUAUAA